AUGUUGAGAAUAGGGACUAGAACUAGAGCUAUAAAGUCCACUGCUCUCAAUUUAAGGAGUUUCACUACCUCUACUAUACUUGCUAAGAAUUCUACAACUACUACCACCCCUGACUCAUCUUCACAAGAUCCAUUGGAUGCUCCUAUGAGAAUAGCAGAAGAAUCAACAUUACCUUUUGUAGAACAUGAUUUAAAGAUUAAACCACGUCAACCCAAGAAGAAACUUCCAUUAUUAUCCGAACAUAAAGAAGAAAACCCCGAUUAUAAAAUGUCUGAUUUCAAACAACGUAUAGGUCAAUUUGUUAUUGAUACUUUAAAACUUGAUAUGGAUAAAUCAAGAGCUGGUACCGUUGCUGGUUCAGUUUAUUUUGCCGAUUGUAAAGUUCAAGGGUUAAUUUAUCCUGAUGAACCGUUAUCUGAUACUGCAAAAUUUUAUUAUAAAACUUUAAGAUUACCUACAUCUUUUGCUCAACAAACUCAAAUCACUUUCUUACAUUAUUGGAUGUUAUCAGUUAGAAUGAGAGCUAUGCCUUUUAAAUAUGGUAAGUUAUAUCAACAACGUUUGGUCGAUCGUAUAUUUAAAGAUAUGGAAUUAAGAAUGUCUAGUGAACUUGGUAUUAGUUCAAAUAGAGUUAUUGAAGGGAAUUUAAAGGAUUUUCAUGCUCAAUUAAUAGGUUCAGUACUUGGAUAUGAUGAAGGGUUAGUUACUGAUGAUGCUACUUUAGCAGCUGCAUUAUGGAGAAAUGUAUUUAAUGGUAAUCCAAAUGUUGAUAUGAGACAUGUUGAAGCAUUAUUAGCUUAUGUUAGAUCUCAAUUAUAUGUUUUAGAUAAGAUGUCUGAUCGAGAAUUUGGAUUUGGGAAAUUUAGAUUUGUUCCACCAAAUCAAGUGGUUAAACCAAUUACAAGUCAUCAAUUAGAAAUAAUGAGACAAAAGGCAAAGGAAGAAUUUGCUAAAUUGAAUUCUCCAUCUCAUAAGACUGUAUUAUCAUUGGAUGAAUAA